AGAAGAGAUCCACCGGUGCCGUGCUUUUUGCUCGAAGGAAAACAAAGCACACGUCCAGCCCAGCGAACCGCACGGCACCGGUAGGCAACGUCGUCCCUCCUCCCUCUCGCCCGUCUCCCCAAAUCUGAAGGCCCCGGACCCCGAUUCUCGCCGGCGCCUCACUCCCACCCAAGCACCGGCCUCGAAGCCCUCUGCCGUCCCGUCCUCCCCUCAGCUCGGUUGGCGGGCGGGCGCGGAGUGGAGAUCCCGCCGGCCGGCCGGCCGGAGUCAUCUUCUCCCUCGGUGGACCGUGUCAUUGUUACCAGUCACAGCUUUAGAAGAACGAUGCAUCUUGUGGGCUUAUUCUUUCUCCAUGGGCCGGCGGGAAUUUGUUGAAUUGGAAGAGUUGCUGGUCUGAUAAUAUGUCACUCCGACUUCCACUUCCGCAAGGGCUCUCCUUUUUCAAAAGUGCUGGGUGGUUUGAAGACAGUAAGGUUGAUUCAGCUGCCAAGCAGCACUUGUCUCCAAAAUUUAAGCUCCAGACAGACAAGGAAGUGUAUAGACCUGGUGAUUCAGUUACCGCGACUAUCGAAAUCUGUAGUCCCGCUAGUUUAAAGGAUGAAGCGGAGGCAGCGUCAGGUGGAGUCACAUCUCUCUUGGUAGAUGGGCUAUCUUUCGAACUUAAAGGAAUUGAGAAGUUGGAUAGCCAAUGGUUCUCUGUUCCAAAGCCCAUACCAGGGUCUAAGCAAAGGAGAGGUGAAUAUUUGUUUUUGGAUUGUUCGGCACCCUCAUUAGUCUCCAAAGUAAUAAUUGCUUCGGGGCAAACAAAAACAUAUAUUGUACGUCUAGAGCUCCCAAGGAUUUUACCACCAUCAUAUAGGGGCAUCAGUAUUCGCUAUAUUUAUUAUGUUAGAAGUACAUUGUUUGGGAGAUUGAUUGACUUGGGUAAUGACGAUCAAACUAAAGGCAAUGUAAAUAGUGUGCUGCAGCUGGAAACCCGAGUCCCAUUGCAGAUAUGUGUUUCCCAGAAAAGCAGCACCUUACUAAAUGAAGAAGGGAGUUUUCCACUCUCGGUUGAGCAACUGAGUAUAUUUUGGAGGGAAAAAGAUGAUGAGUCAGAAUGGAUCAAAGCAAAUGAUAAUACUGAUCUAGAAGAAGGAUAUGAUAGUUCGAAAGAUGAAGUUUCAUCGGUUUCCUCAUACAACCCUUCCAAAUCAAAUACGGACUUUCCCAUCAGGACCUCAACAUCGACGCUCUCCUUAUCAUCACGUCUCUCCAUGAAUGAAGCAUUGUAUUCUCAGGGAGAGCGCCCCACUUUCCCGUCAUAUAAUGCAAUUCCUCGAUUCUCAGUGUCCGAGAUUUCUGAUGACCAUGGUGGAGGACCGGUAUCACCUCUAAGGAAGCUAGAUCAUUUGCAUUUGGAUCGUCAUCCAUCAAAUGGCGAAGGAUUUUCUCUAGAUUCUGAUCGCCCAAAAGAUGACGUUGGACUCCCUCUCACGCCAAAACAUGUUGAACCAUCUGGAUCAGAAGGCUUUAUGAGAGGAAGAUCAUAUAAUAUACGAAUAGAUGAUCAAGUCUUGCUUCGUUUCUCACCAAAGAAUUCUGACUCAACUUAUUACUUUGGUGAUAUGAUUGGUGGAGCACUCACUUUUUUUCAUGGAACUGGAACGCGGAGAUGUCUAGAGGUAUCUAUAACCUUGGAAACAUCAGAAACAAUUAAUCCUCGUGUAAUACACCCUUCACGAAGGGUCUCACCGACAAUAACCAAGGUACACAGCGAACAUCAUGAAGUUGUUGCAGAUCUUCACCAGACAAGUUUUCUCUUUUCAAUUCCUAUCGAUGGACCAAUGUCAUUUGCUACCUCAAAGGUUUCUGUACAGUGGUCCCUUAGAUUUGAGUUCUUCACAACUCCGGCAGGAAUGGACUCAUCAAGGUAUGAGCACCCACUUCUUGUUGAGAAAAGAGAGAAGGGGGACUGGAUCCUCCCAAUAACAGUUUAUGCACCGCCAAUGCGUAGACGAGCUACUCAUGGAAGAAACGAUAGAUCUGCAUUGGUUGGAAAUCUUCUCAGCUCUUGAAGGCCCACAAGUUGCUGCUAUCAUUUGUAAAUCGGUAUCCGUGGACCUUCGGUGAACUAUCUGUAGUCCGGCAUGCACAACUGGGCCAGUUCAUAUGUGUAAAAUACCUAGAAGGUUUUGAAGAAGACUGAGUGAGGGGAAACUUGGGCUACACAAAUAGUCUGCUUCUGUCUGAUGUAUAGUCCAUCACCAUUGAACAGAGCAGGAACCGUGGAACUUGAUUUACGUGAUGCGGACAUCAGUAGUGCAAGGUACCAUACCAUACCGACCGUUAGCGCACCCAAUGUAUAUGUUUUUACCAAUGGACUAGCUUUUUGGGGUGCUUGAUUAAGCGAUUACACCCUUGCGGUUGGUUACAUAUACUUGGGAUAUCCUCCUUGUAAUUGUUUUCUGGAAACCAUACAUGAUUGCACGCUUGUUGUCCGGACUA